AUGCACCGAGGUGGAGGAGAAAUCUCUCAUCGGCACCUAGUGACUGCUUCCGUGCUGGCCCAUGCUAAAUGUGUUCCGAGUGAGACGAGCCGGGCAGUCAACACUGUUAACGUCUUCUCUUCCCCCUUGCCCAAUUCGAAAGCACCGUCCCAUUCCACCAACAUUGAUACGCCGAUACUCUCAAGCGCCCAAGUAGAGUAUCCGUGGAAUUAA